AUUACCUGUUUGACCUGACACUUUGUUUGUUUAGCCUUGUAAGGGUAGUUUUGUUCGGUGGUGAUGCCUCCUUCCUUCUUGAUGAAAUCAAAUGCUAAAUCCAUGAGCCCUCCAUCGCAACCUGUGUUCUUCUUAGUGUCGCAGUCCACAAGCUCUUGCUCCGACAAGGAAACUAGCUUAUUUGUCUUUAUUUUGUUUAUACCUUCAAUUGCAGCAACAGCUGAAAACGCCCAACAGCUUCCUGCACAUUGAUUGGAGGACAAGAGAUGAGGUGUAACGGCCCCUUUGGUCCUCCAAUCAACAGACGUUGGGACUGUGGUUGCAUUGGCGUACCGAAAGGAUGGUUUAGUGCGAGAGGUGCCUUGCAGCUGUCGGUGGUGAUUUAUUUUGGAACCGGCGUACGUGCUUCUGAAUUCGUGGUUGGUCAUGUCGGCAAACUUGUUGAGCUUGAGCUUGUAAGGCUUGUUGUCCAUCUUGUUGAAGUUGUGGACGUAGCGAAUGUUGGACUUGAAGACGUUGAACCUCUUGUUCUUCUCGUCGAGGUUGGUAGACAGUGUGUGGUAGCCCCUCCACCUCUCGUACAUCUCCCACAAGCUCUCCUCGCUCUCCAACUCCCUCUCGUCGUAUUCAAAGCCUUCUCCUAUUCCAACAAACUAAGCUAAUAAGGUAAGCGCAAGUAAGAGGGAUACCUUUUUC